AUGGAGCUCUACUCUCUCUCGUUCCUUACCAUGCUCUCCCUCAUAAUAGCCGCCCCCGCCCUCCCCGCCCCCGCCGCCGAGGAUAACAUGUCACCCCUCGACUACUGGAAGUCGAAGCUUCCAUACAACACCACCGCCGCACUUUCCGACCUCCUAUACGGCCCAACCUCAGAUUGGCUGGAUAAUAUCACCAUCCGGUACGCCCAGUACUCAAAAUACAAUCCCAAAUCCGGCCACCCUCACGACAUUAAGACUGCAGCAACCGCCUUCUUCUUCUUGGAGGAUGAUCUGCGCCAUGCUGUUGGCCGGACAUUCCGUCUCAAGUUUGGUAAAUCUACCGCCGGAGCCAAGUUCUUACCCCGACGCAUCGCCGACGGGAUUCCCUUCUCGGCACCACACGUUCUGAAUCUGUUCAACAUGGAUCCGAGAUCCGACCCCGCCAGGGAGAUCAACACCACCAUAAACGACUGUCGGGAUCCACGGCCGGUCAAGGGGGAGAAGAUACAGUGCGUCACCUCGCUCGAAGGCAUGAUUGAUUUUACAACAUCUCAACUCGGGAAACAUGUCACCGCAGUCUGGACGAACGGUACCAGCAUCGGUUCGGUCAAGGAGUUCAAGGUCUCCGGGGUUAAGAGUGUACUGUCGGGUUCGAGCGGUGGUGGAAGGAAGAUACUCGUCGUAUGCCACAGAAGAUAUUUUCCUUAUGGUGUGUUCCAAUGUCACAGGAUUCUUGACACCGUGGCUUACGAGGUGACUCUGGAGGACGAGCCGGCCGGAGGAGUAAAUGGAACGCGGGUGGAUGCCGUAGCUACGUGUCACCGGGACACAUCCGGCUGGAAUCCAAGCUACGUGGCGUUUCAGAGCCUCAGGAACGAGAAGCCUGGUGGAAACCCCAUAUGUCACUUCCUACGUUUCGGUGAUAUUGCAUGGAUGCCUACAGUCUGA